AUGGAAAUUGGGACUGGGGGUGCGCAAAAAACGAUUAUUUGUUUUGAGACUGUUUGGUACUUGCCGCUGUUCAUGUUAUGUGUCAACGAUGAGGUUCAUGUGCUGGAAACAGCCGACAACAGGACACGACUGCAAUGGCUCCAGCAGCUUCAGAGCAAUCGCCGACGACACUAUGAGAAGGAAAAUGUUGACGACUUAUUGAAAGUUGUAAGCAUUCCUUUUACAUGCGCGCAGUAA